AUGAAGCUACUCCCCACCGUCGCCAUUGCGGCAGCUUGUGGCUCACCACUCGCAUCUGCCCUAAUCCCCCCAGUCAUUGAUACUCACUACGGUACCAUCAAUGGCGGUCUCUCCCCUUUUGCUGGGGGUGACAAAGCUUUCGUUUACAAGGGAAUUCCGUAUGCCCAGCCGCCCACCGGCGCCAAUCGCUGGACGAAAGUAGGUGGUCCAAGCUACUGGGGUGAGCUGAAUGCCACUGAGUUUGGCCCGCAAUGUGCGCAAACAAUCAGCGGCGCUGGUAUCUUCUCUAGCGGCAAGAACACAACUAGCGAAGAUUGUCUUACCCUCAACAUCUGGACCCCAGCAUACAAGGACCAAACCAACAUGGCAUCGAAAAAUCUGCCUGUUUUCUUCUGGAUCUACGGUGGACGCUUUUCGGGUGGUUCUGCUGAUGUCAAGACCUACGACGGUACCGGUCUAGCGCAGAAAGAUAUUAUCGUGGUUACUAUCAACUACCGUCUCGGACCCUUUGGAUUCCUCGCUCACCCCGACCUGACUGCUGAAUCAGGCACUAACAGCUCAGGCAACUACGGUAUCUUGGAUCAACAAGCCGCUUUGCAUUGGGUUAAGGAGAACAUCGCCAAGUUUGGUGGUAACCCUGGUCAGAUUACAGUUGGCGGACAAUCCGCUGGCUCGGCUAGUGCCCUCGACGCUAUGUGGAGUCCUUUGGUUGCUGGCCUCGCUGCUGGAGUUAUCUCGGAGAGCGGUGCACGCGGACCCCACGAUCCGAUGACUGGUACUGUGGCCACUUCGUACAGGGCCAAAGAGGCUGCGGAGGCACAUGGAGUCAGUUUGUUGAAAACCAUGGGAGUAAGCUCAAUUGCUGAACUCCGAAACGUUUCUAUGGAAAGCCUUCUUGAAUACGAUAUGCUGAACGACAUUAUCUGGGAGGGUACUGUGUUUGAGAGCUUCCCCGAUGCGUUCAUGGAGCCACCUAUGUGGCGUCCCAACCUCGAUGGCUAUGUUUUCACAGACACCUAUUUUGGCGCUUUGAGCAGCAAUUCCCAUGCCGAUAUUCCUAUCCUGACUGGCAACAACGCAGAUGAGUCUGGAUCUACCCCGACUCUCACCUACUCUGCCUCCGAAUACCAGGAACUUUUCAGCAUUCUUUUCGGUGACCUUGCGGAUGAAUUUUUCUCCUUGUAUCCCGGUGAAAAUACCACCCAGGCCUCGGCAAGUGGCAAUGAGUUCUGGAGAGAUCUAGGUCGAAUCGGAACCUGGACCUGGGCCCUAGACUGGGCUGCUGGUGGCGCGAAGGAAAAUGUCUAUACUUACUACUUCAAUCACUGGCCUGCCGAAAAACGAUCAAACGGUGCUUACCACGGAAGUGAACUUUGGUAUACCUUCAACAACCUGCCCUAUAGCUCAUACGACAAUGCGACAUGGAACGACGAAGAUUACAACGUGCAGACGAAGAUGGCGAACUACUGGGCCAAUUUCAUCCGAAAUGGCAAUCCCAAUGGCGACGGCCAGGCUCAAUGGAACCCCUCCAAGAAGCAUGAGCAGACUAUGUGGCUAGGAGACCAGUGGGGAAUGGGCCCCCUUACUAUGGACAACAAGCGCAUUGCGUUCCUGGAGAAGUGGCUUGCUAGACAGUCAGCAUGGUAA